AUGCAGUUCUCUUGUUCAUCAGGUUCCUCUAUUAAUGAUCCAGCACUAGCAGAAAAUGCAUAUUUAAGUAAUAUUCCUGACUGUCCUUCCUUCCUCAAAAGCUCUCUAGUACGUGGCUCAAAGAAUCCAGCAACAUUCCCAAUUGUAGAAUGGUCGAUCUUCGAAAUUUUAAAGAGAGAUUAA